ACGAGCCCCGACCUCGUCGGCUCCCUCCGUGUCCUCUCUGCCCUAAAUCCUGCUCACCGCGGUCCGCUCACAGCGCAACCGUCUUCCGCCGCCACCCUCAACGGCGGCGCUCACCACCAUCCUGUUCCUCCUCUGUUAGAAGUCGCUAAAAGCUCAGAAUGCCACCGAAAGAAAUCCUGCAUGAUUAGUAUUGAACUGUAAACAAAUCAACUCAUUGAAUCGGAUGGGACUCUCCUAAACAUCGUUCUUUCUUGCGCCUCCCUUGUUCACUUCGCAGUUUGAAAGGUGUGAUCGGGACUUGAAGGUUUCGUUUCUUCUUCAUUUGAUCCAUCGGAGCAGUGAGCAAAGAUGAGGAAGUUGAAGUUCCACGAGAAAAAGCUCCUCAAGAAGGUCAAUUUCAUCGAGUACAAACGCGAGGGCGGCCACCGAGAAGCCCUCGUCACGCGCCGUUACCACCUCACCGAGAGAGAUGACUACAAGAAGUAUUCGAGUAUAUGCAGGAUGGUGCAGAAGCUAGUGCACGUCUUGAAGCAAAUGGAUCCCAGAGACCCUUUCCGUAUCGAGACGACAGAUGCCCUGCUGGAAAAGCUACGCAGGCUGGCUACUGUUUUGGUGUACCUAAAGUUUGCUGAGCAUCUAAGGGAGGCUGUAACAUACAUCGAACAAGGCCACGUCCGGGUAGGGCCAGAUGUGGUGACAGAUCCGGCAUUUCUCGUGACAAGGAACAUGGAGGACUUUGUGACCUGGGUGGAUUCUUCCAAGAUCAAGAGGAAGGUGAUGGAGUAUAAUGAGAGAUUGGAUGACUACGAUGUGCUGAAUGCUUAAGUUAUCUAUCUAGUAUCCAUGGGGUAAUCUCUUAGGCAUGCAAGACAAACUGACGAGGGUAGUUCUCCCGGCCUGGUUGGGAUACAAUAUCUAAUCCAAUUAUCCAGUUUCAGCUGAGUUUGUUGAACAUGCUAUCCAACAUAGAAACCGGAAGCCUUGAAAGGGCAAUGAUAGUGUCCCAAACAUAUUUUAAAUAUUGUAAAUUCUAGGUAUUUGAGUGGGAUGUGAAAUCAGAAACAACCGAGGUUCUAUUC